UACACUUUUCAGCAGAGCAGGGGACACGUAUGUGGACGGCAUUGGAAGGAAACCCUUGCGUUAACAUCUAAGGAAAUUAUCUCACGGUCUUUUCUCCCGGAGAGUGUAUUUUCCACCAGCAUGAGUGCAGAGUGCACGAGCUACUACAGCGCAGAUAAUGUGUUUGUGAAUGGUUCUUCCUGUCCUAAAGCGGGGGGCGAUGCGCGCGCGGCAUUCUGCUGCGGAUUUAACGAUAUCAAGUAUUGCUGUGAUGAUCCCAACAGCUUUUUCCCUUACGAGUAUGGAUACAUGUGGUGGCUCAGUGUUGGGGCUCUGAUAGGUCUGUCCAUAGCAGCGGUGGUCCUACUGGCCUUCCUCAUCACCGUAUUUGUUCUCUGCUACCUCUUCAUCGCCACAAAGCCCAGUCGCCUUGACAAUAGCCUGCCGCUACGAGCACCAGGGUUGGACCCCAGUGAGGGCCCCAGUCCCUCCAGCCCAUCCCACCGGCGCCCGGGGCUUCAGGAUGCACUUCCUCAGCAGGAAGUUGGACUGUGACAACCAGCCGCCCAACCCAGAGAGACUGUUCCAGAGGGGCUUCAUGGCCACCGUCAAUAUGGAGGGCCCUUCAUAGUGCACUUUUUAGGGAGCUUAGAAGGGCUUGGAGGUUUCGAUUCAGAUGUAGAAGGGCAUGGAAAAUCUGAUUCAGAUGUAUUCCAUACCCCCCUUCCCCAAUACACAUGUAAAUGUUGGACUGUAUUAUACUUAUGCAAAAAUGUUUAUUCUAUUCCACUGCCAUUCACUUUAUGUUCAUAUUCUUUUCUUGUAUUGUUUUGAUUGUUGUUGUAUUGUUGAGAAGGAACCUGCAAGUCAGAGUUUAGUUAGAUGAUGAAUACCAUGCG